AUGCGGGUCACCUGCUUGUUGGCCGUCGAGGCGGCCGUGCUCUUCGAGUUGCUGUCUCCGGCGGCAGCGAUUAGCGUCAAACCCGCCGGCCUCCUGGGGCCCCUGAGGGGCCCCAAUGCGUCACAGUCUUCGUUCGUAGAGGCAUCUAAUAACCCUGCUGAUUCGGAUGAGGAUGGCAACGGCCCUCCCACACCCCCAGGGGGGGCGGUCGGGGGCCCAGCCCCUGCCGUAGGACUCUUAGGCCGUCGCGCACUAGGCCCACUAGUCGGCUCGGUGGUGCGAGAUAUAGAGCAGAGGGAGCAAGAUCGUCGAUCAGCAGAGGGACCGCCGAAUGUACCAAGAACUCCGGGAAGGGGCGAACAGGUCAGACAGAGGAUACAUGGUCUUGUAGAAGCGGGACCCAAGGACGAGAAAACGCGCAGAGAGAUAGUUCUGAAGGAGUAUAUGGAAAGACCAGACGUACAGCAGAAGAAAGAAGAGCUAAAUAAAGAUGCGGAAAAAAGGCGCUUGCGUAUAGGAGAUUGGAUUAAACAGCAUAAGUCUAAGGGGCUGUAA